CACUGAGCUGCUGAGCAGAGAGGUUCCUUUAAGGUGUCAGGAUGUCGCUGUCUAUUUCUCCAUGGAGGAGUGGGAGUAUUUAGAAGAACACAGGGAUCUGUACAAGGACGUCAUGAUGGAGAUUCACCAGUCCCUCACAUCACCGGGUAAAGAUAGGAUGAUCGACUCCCAUGGACAUCUCCAUUUAUCUUCCUAUCAUGAAGAAGAAGAUAGCAAUAUCACACAAGCUAAUUCAAUAACUCCUAAUGUACCCUCAGUCCUUCACAGUGGAGAUAUAUCCACCGAUACCGCUGGUCACAAGAAACCUUCAGCUAAUCAAUCACUGAUUUUCAAACAAAUAACUGGACAUAGAUGGGGGGAAAUAUUUUUACGUGGGAAACACUUUAAAAAGAAAUCUAAUCUUCCUUUGCAUGAGAAAAAUCACAUAGAGAAGGGGACAUUUUCAUGCGCUGAAUGUGGAAAGUAUUUUACCAGGAAAUUACUUUUAGUUAGACAUCAAAGAACUCACAAAGCGGAGAAGCCAUAUACAUGUUCAGAAUGUGGGAAUUGUUUUAUGUGGAAGGGUUCUCUUGAAAAACAUCAGAGAAAUCACAGAGGGGAGAAGUCUUUUUCAUGUUCAGAAGAUGGGAGAUGCUUUACCCAGAAAUCUGAUCUUGUGGGACAUCUACGACGUCACUCAAGGAAAAGGAUAUUUUCAUGUACAGAAUGUGGAAAAUGUUUUAACCAUGAAUCAAAACUUGUGAGACAUCUAAGAAGUCACACAGGAGAGAAACCAUUUUCAUGCUCAGAAUGUGGGAAAUGUUUUAGCCAGAAAACAGGUCUUGUUAGACAUCAGACAACUCACACAGGAGAGAAGCCAUUUUCAUGUUCUGAAUGUGGGAAAUCUUUUAGGCAGAAAUCAUUUCUUGUGGAACAUUUAAGAAUUCACACAGGAGAGAAGCCGUUUUCAUGCUCAGAAUGUGGAAGAUGUUUUACGCAUAAAUCAACUCUUCUUCAUCACCAGAGUACUCACAAACGAGAGAAGUCGUUUUCAUGCUCAGAAUGUGGGAAAUCUUUUAGUCAGAAAUCAUUUCUUGUGGAACAUAUAAGAAUUCACACAGGGGAGAAGCCGUUUUCAUGCUCAGAAUGUGGGAAAUGUUUUACCCAGAAUUCGAAUCUUGCGAAGCAUCUACAAUGUCACUCAAGGAAAAAGCAGUUUUCUUGUUCAGAAUGUGGAAAGUGUUUUAUCCACGAAUCAAAACUUGUGAGACAUCUAAGAACUCACACAGGAGAGAAGCCAUUUUCAUGCUCAGAAUGUGGGAAAAGUUUUACCCAGAUGGAGGGUCUUAUUAGACAUCAGACAACUCACACGGGGGAGAAGCCAUUUUUAUGUUCUGAAUGUGGAAAGUGUUUUAGUCAGAAAUCAUUUCUUGUGGAACAUCUAAGAACUCACACAGGAGAGAAGCCAUUUUCAUGCUCAGGAUGUGGAAAAUGUUUUACCCAUAAAUCAACUCUUAUUAAUCAUCAGAGAACUCAUGAACGAGAAAAGGCAUUUUCAUGUUCACAAUGUGGGAAAUGUUUCAGCCAGAAAUGGGCUCUUGUUAGACAUCAGAGAACUCACACAGGGGAAGAACCAUUUUCUUGUUCAGAAUGUGGGAAACGUUUUAACUGGAAAUGGGUUCUUGUUAGGCAUCUGAAAAAUCACACAAGGGAGAAACCAUUAUAAUGUUCAGAUUGUAAAAAAAUGUGGCAGAUGUGGCAAUUCAUUGUAGGACCUGCUGCCUAACAAUGCCUUCUGAUGUAUAUAUUGCAAAGAAUACAAGUCACGUGCCCUGUCACCAUUAAAGGGCUUGUGUUACCUCGAACAUUGGUGGCAUAUUGCUAGGAUAUCAAUAAUA